UGAGACUUUCACUUGAUACUUGAUGUCAGUACAAAACAACACAUACACCUCGUACGGUUGUGGUUUUUGAAGGUUCUUAAAACGAUUUUAUCCAUCGUUCUUCGUGUUUAAUGAUUCAAAGAUGAAAUCGUUAAUAUUUUUAACAUUUGCUCUUUUAUCCGACAUCCGAGCUGAUGAUGAAUAUUUAUUACCGUCAAAACAGUACAACCCUGAAUACGCAAAAGAUCGGUAUUUAAUACAUUUAGACAAUGAAAAAUACAGCCAAACACCAGCUCCAAGACCUUAUGCUUUUGGAUAUGCAGCGGGGAGAUAUCCAGGAGACAUAGAUAGAACACAUUCGGAGAUAUCAGAUGGAUCUGGAGUUGUUCAAGGUUCCUACUCAUACGUGGACCCAAGACACAAAAUCCGAAAAGUAGAAUACACUGCAGAUAAAUAUGGCUUCCACCCUAUCACCAAUGAUAACGUACCGGACUUACCAUCAGAUACACCUAUUGUAGCAGCGGCUAAAGUAAAUCAUCUCCAAAAAUACGCAGCCAUAGUACAAGAACAACAAUCGGCACCGAAUCAUAUCAAAUUUCCUUCUGACACACCAGAAGUACAAUAUGCUAAAAACAAGCAUUUAGCAUUAUUCCAGGCAAUAGCAGCUGAGCAUGCAAGAUUAGCUACAGAACAGGAAGCUAAAAACCAACAAGAAAAAAUUCAGAAUAAUGUUAAUGGAGGAGAGGAACAUUAUACAUAUUGAUAUUGAGAAUCAAUCAAAUUGCACAUUCUGUAUAUAUUACAUUAUAAAUAUUCUUCAAUAGGCUAGUUGACAGAAUGGAAUCCAGAUAUCGAAAUAAGUUAUAUAUUAUUUUCUAUAAACAAAUUAGACUUA